AUGGCCCGUCGAAGCCCUGCUGCCGCGCUAGUUGUCUUGGGCAGCUUGGCAGCGUACUGCAACAUUGUGGGACACAGCUCACAGACUUUCAAGACUUUCACAGGGCUUGAGCCCAACCCUAGCCGACGUGAUGAAAGCGCCAUCACAAUGGGUGACAAGAUCACAAGAGCUGCCGGCAAGACACGACGCGGCAAGUGGCAGAGGCUCAAUGUGAAAACAGUAGAGAUUGAAGGAAAGGAGAUGCCAGAGAUGUUUGAGACAUUCCUGUCCCCAGAGGAAGAAGAUACGCCGUUUGACGUCAGACAGGCCACAUCGACAACCGUCGAUGUCACGUUCGAGAAGAGGCCGUAUGGCAUUGUUCGGUGGCAGCCUGGCAAGGACUUCAAGGGUGCUAUGGUCAAGGACGUUGCCCACGGCGUCUUCGUUGGAGACCCGCUCGGACAAGCUAAAGCUGCGGGCGUCACAUCAGGAAUGGUCGUGAAGAGCAUCGAAGGCCAGGACGUCAUGAACGAGGACUUCGACGUCAUCAUGAAGAAGUUGGGGGAUGAAGCCCUCGGCUACAAGUUCCUGCGCAGAAUUGACUUUCCCAUCAAAGUGACUUUCGCAAAGAUGCCCUCCUCGUGA